AUGCGGUUCAUACUUGCUGGCCUUCUGCUAGCAGGUCUGGCUCAAGCCCAAAGUGGUGCUGUACCGUCUGCGAGCCUGCAACAGGACAAUACGAUCUCGACUGAAGGCCUUGUCCAGAACUCAUCACGGUACAAUACCAUCUUGAGAGUCGACAAUGGCACAUAUGGCCCUCCAAUUGAGGAGGUACAUUACUUCUAUAAUUACUGGCCCAUAGGGAUAGCUGUUUCAAGCACAGGACGAAUUUUCGUAUCCUACACUCGCGGAAUGUACGACUAUACCCUUGCUGAGGUCGCCAACAUGACUGCAGAAGUGCCAUACCCAAGUGCUAGCUUGAACUUGCCACCAUCCCAGCUCAAUACCACAUUCAACACGAUUUCAUUCGGAUCAAACAACAGCUCUGGCUUCAUCAGUGUCCAAGCCCUCUACAUAACGCCAAACAUAUCGACCAGACCAGAGACUCUAUGGGUCCUCGAUACAGGCCGCCCCACCAUCGAUACAAUGACAUCUGGUGGUGCAAUGACCCAAUCAAUGCCUUAUGGCAACCCUGGCGGUCCCAAAAUUGUCGGCAUCUCGCUCACCAACAACAGCAUCUACGCCACAUACACCUUCCCACCAGACGUCCACUUCCCAGACAGCUACAUGAACGACCUCCGCUUCGACCUACGACCAGGCCGCAACAUCGCAUACAUAGUCGACUCCUCCAAUGAAGGCCGAACAGGCUUCAUCAUGCUCAAUCUCACCGACGGCUCCUCCUGGCGCCGGCUCAACCAACACCCCAGCACCCUCCGCAUCUACAACGACGUACCCUCCUACCAAGGCCACCCAUUCUACUACCGCGUCCCAGGCCAGCCCCUCAGCCAUCAACCUGAAGGCCUCGAUGGUAUCCAAAUCACCCCCGACGGCCAAUACAUCUACUACAGCCCCAUCAACAGCCGCUACCUCUACCGCAUCCCCACCGCAAAUCUCCUAACCCGUGACAGCGACACCCCUCUCGCCGAACAAGCAGCCUCCAACAACGUCACGAAUCUUGGCCAACGAGGCGCUGAAGCAAACGGGUUCGAAGGCGAUAAUAACGGCUUGAUCUACCAGUGCAUGCCUGAGAACAAUGCUAUUUACUACUACGACCCAAAUGAUCUGCAGGUGCAUGGCUUUGUUCGGGACCCGAGGAUCUUGUGGCCUGAUGGUGCGAGUAUCGGGGCGGAUGGGUAUAUUUAUAUGAUUAUCAAUCAGUUGCCGUACAGUGGGGGUUGGAACAAUGGUGUUGGAGGGAACUUGGGGUUGAGGGAGUAUCCUGGUGCGAUAUUGCGGGCGAAGUUGAACAAUGGAGGGAGGAAGAUUACGACGUUGUGGGAAUGA